CGACAUCAUUAGACGCCUAAAUGUCUCGUUGUUACGACAUUUAAGAACAGCUCCGACAAAUUUUUAUCGAGUCUGUGCUUUUUCAUAUUUCAUGGAAAAAUUCGUAAAAAACUGAGAUAUUUAGCAACUUUUGAUGUAUUAUAAUUUUUCUUCUUCUAUAACUAAGCCAACGGAUUAAAAUUUUCGAGCAGAGUGAAAAAAACAAAAAAAAAAAAAAAAUAAAUUCGUGAACAUUUUGCAUGGGCGGGCAAAAAAACGAGAGAAAAACAAAAAAAAUCGCGAGUUUUUGCAUUGGUUUAGAAUCAAUUUCAAUCAUAGUGUGAUUUAAAGUAAAUUUCAUUUUGGAUUUGCUCGAGACGAAAACAAAAAAAGAAAAUAUCAAAUUAUUUGAAAAUACAGUUUGGUUUAUCAACAAGAGACACAGAGAAAAAAAGGCAGCAAAAAACCUAUCAACAUAAAAUCAACGGAAAAUUUUUGCAACACAAUUUUAUACCAUUUUUUUGGGCGAAGGCGGCUGCGAUUCAGUGUGAUUUUGGAAAUUCUGAAAUUUAAUCCAAAAGGAAAAGAAAACAGUGUGUGUAACUCACGACUGAAAUCGAACAUAUUUACUGCAACGAUUUCCGUCAGUUUUAUUUGGCGACGCUCAUCAUUUAAUUAAAUAUCGUGAAUAUAAAUCAAAUAAAGAAAUUUGUUUAUUCAAAAAAAAAAAAAUGGAUAAAUUCAACGGACAGUCUACAGUAAUCUGCCUAUUUAUUGUGGCCGCCGCAUUUGUAGGUGUGACAGAAUCGUUGUGCCGUGGCUCCUUAAUAACGACCGGAAUAACCGAAGCCCAAAAGUAUGAGAUUCUUGAUACACAUAAUCGACUACGAUCACAGGUUGCACAAGGUCAAAUUGCAGGUCAACCGAGCGCACAAAAUAUGCGGGAAAUGCAAUGGGAUGAUGAACUUGCGUUAAGAGCACAACAAUGGGCCAACGAAUGUUAUUUUGAACACGAUCCAAGCCGAUACACAAACCGAUUCACAAUGGGACAAAAUUUGGCAAUCGUCUGGAGUACAGCCCCACUUACCAAUUACGUUACAUUUUCGUCGCGUAUUCAAAAUUGGUUUAAUGAAGUUCAAAAGUAUGCAUGGGGCGAUAGAUGGUCACCAAAAACUGGUCAUUAUUCACAAUUGGUCUGGGGUGAUACAAACUUAGUUGGAUGCGGUUUUUCAUACUAUCAAGAAGGAGCUCGAUUUAAUAAGCUGUGGGUAUGCAACUAUGGUCCAGGUGGUAAUGUUGUUGGACAUCAACCGUACGCAGUUGGUGCGCCAUCGUGCUCAAAUCAUGGCAUGUAUCCAUCAUCAAAAUACUCAGGAUUAUGCGUUAGCACACAAACUGUUUACACAAACAAUCAAGUUAUCACACAAAAUACCUACACCAUCAAAACUGAACGUAUCAAUCCAACCGUUUAUCAACCAGUUCAAGCUCGUCCAACCUAUACAACAUACCAACAACCACAAACAACUGCCAUUCAAGCAUACCAACAAGCAUUGCAAGUUUAUCAAAAUCCAAAUCAAUCGUACGAACAAGCUCAACAUAACUAUCAAUUGGCUCUGGCUGCUUACAAUCGGGCUUAUCCAUCAGCGGCAACAUCAUACACAUAUACACCAAGCAUCAGUACUAGCGGCUCUACCACUAGCAAUCAACACAGCUAUGAUUGGUCAGCGUACUUUGGAUAGAAAAAAAAAACAUUUCGAUUUUAUGUAAUCUAAUUUUAAAAUAGUCUUCUUUUUAACGUUCCCAUAACAAAUCGCGACAACUUUUCAUUGCAUUUCGAAAAUUUCGCUCAAAUCGCAAAUUAUUAUCUAGUUUAUAUCUCUUAGUUGAAGCAACAACAAACAACUACUUUUUUUUUAUAAUUUCAUUAUCACUCGUUUGCAUAUUAUCAUAUAUUUUUUUAGAAUGUAGUAGAUUAAACAAACAAACAAACAAAUCGAAAAUGAUAUCAAAAGUCGCAACUAAUCAAUCGAAAAAAAAGUCAAAGAAAAAAAAAACAAUGAUUACAUAUCCACAUGAACCAAAUGAGUCAGAUUUAUGGGACCAAUUGUAAUUGAAAAUCUCAUUAGUACGCGCAUUAUCAAGGUAUACUUACCUUUUCUUAAGUCAUAGUAGACAACAACAAAAAACAUAUAUAUCUGGACGACGAAAUAACGAUAGAAAACAAAAAUCACACAGAUCUUAAGUAGUCAAAUGUAAGAUGUAAGCCAAUAGUAUUGAUGCUGGUUCAUCAAAAUCGAACGAGGACAAGAUUGAUGAUGGUUAUUUGACAAACAAAAAUAUUAGAAACAAGAAAAAAAUCAAUUUAAAAAAAGAAAAACAACGGUGCAAUCAACUCGCUCUUAACCUUUUUCCAAAUUAGACAAGUGGAUAUAUAACAGAAUUUCCAAAUAGCAUUUUCACAUCCAUUUCAACACAAACACACACAUACAUACACACACAAAAAACCCACGCACGCCACACACACAAACAUACACACACACACACACACUCACACACACGCACACACCCAAAUCAAAAUUGCCGCUCGCAAAUAUUUGUAUCAAAUAUUUGAUUAUCUAGAAUUUAUUUUUUAUUGAAAUUGAUAUGUUGAAACAAAUAUAAAAACUAAGAAAGCGAAAA